AUGGGUGUACUCUCUACUGUGACAAAUUUGCGAAAGAUGAAUUUUAUAAAACGUCUGUACUCGACAAAUACCGUUGAAUCCUCGACUACUUCUCUAUUACACAAUUUAUCGAAACUUAUGCAUGAGGUCAAUGGCAAUUCUAGCAUUUCUGUAAAGCGUUCCAUAUUGAAAAAAUACCCCGACUGUCAUUCAACGUUAAAGCGUAUAUAUGAUCCACAUUUCAGAAUAUUCUUAACAUCAAAAAGUGUCAAAAACUAUAUGAAUACAGCGAAAACUCCCUUGCUAUCGUCAACCCCAGCAACAUCUUUCACCAGUUUAAAUGAGCUUUUAGACGCACUAGCCUCCCGGUCAAUAAAAGGCCGUACUGCUCAAGAUGCUAUUGCCACUUUUUAUGUUACUUAUUGUAAGACGAAAGAACAACAGGAUGUCUUCUGGAGAGUGAUUGAUAGAAAUUUGAAAAUGGGUGUUUCUUUUCAAACUUUACGACAAAUGUUAUUAACAAAAGAACAUGGCAAAGCAGGAAAGGAAGAAAUCGUUAACUACAAUGGCAACAACAAGAAGAAAACAGCAAAAACUCCUUUCUUUACAGUCGCUUUGGCACAUUCAGUAUCUACAAAGAAAAAACCAUUGGACUUUAAUGUUGAUACAUGGUUCGCAUCACAAAAAUUAGAUGGUAUCCGUUGUAUAACGAUGAUUUGUUACAAUGAAAAAUUGGCAAAGUAUGAUAUCCAGUUUUACUCAAGGACAGGCAGACCAUUUUAUUCUCUACGGAAAGUGAAAGAGAAUAUUGAGCAAAGACUUUCAGAACUUAAAGUGAGAAAAUCUUCAGCAAAAGAUUUCGUACUGGAUGGAGAACUAUGUGCAUAUAAUGAUUCCGAUGUGGCUAAAGAAGAUUUUUUGAAAGUAUUGUCAGAAUUACGUAGACUAAACGAAGAUAUGCAGAACCCAGUUUAUCAAAUAUUUGAUCUCAUACAAUUAGACCAUUUUGUACAAGCGAAAAGCCCUGAGUUAUUUCAUUCACGGCAAGCAACUUUAAGGAACUUCAUUGGCGACAAACGUCUACCGCAUAUCAACUUAGUGGAGCAAGUUAAACUGCAUAGUAUGGAUCAGUUAAAUCAGCUGAAAGAAAAUGCAGUAAAAUUAGGAUGGGAAGGUCUUAUACUAAGGAAGGAUGUUGAAUAUGAAGGAAAACGAACGUUUGUAUCAUUUCCUAUUGUGUCGUGCUAUUAUGAUUUUGAUACUCAUUUUCCUUACUUUGCCAUUAGACGAAACAUGUUAAAGCUCAAAGAAUGGGAAGAUGCUGAGUAUAUUGUUCAAAGUGUCGAAACUGGUUUCAUGAGAAUGCCAGAUACUGGCGAGGAUAGAAAUGUCUUAACGAACGUCAAUAUUUUACAUAAGGGUAAUACGGUCAGUGUUGGUUCGGGAUUCUCACUUUCUGAACGUAUAAAAUAUGCUGAGCAACCUAAUCUUCUCAUCGGAAAACUGAUUACGGUGCGUUAUUUCACAGAGUCUAAGCGAGAAGAUGGAUUGGUCUCUCUCAGAUUUCCAACAGUAAAAGCUAUUUAUGAAGAAGGCAAAAGAGAUGCUUGA